CCACUAGGGAUGUCACUGAACACUGCAUUGGUAUUCCCUCCUUGACAAGUCAGCAGUGCCAUCUCGGCAGAUAUUGAAUACAAAACUGUUUUGAAAUAGGAGAGCACAGAAAACACUGGAAUUAUGACACAUCAGGGUGAUUCCUUAUCCCAGUUGUUUUCAGUAUAUUGUAUAUUGCAACAGCCAAUCCAGUCAUAACAAAGCUAAUUUUGGAAGCAUGAGCCCUGACUCAUGGUUUCUGUAGGUAAGGCAUAAACUUUAUUUCCAAUCUGUCAUUGUGAAUCACUGAGCAGUGAUAGUGCUACCAUCACGGUCUACUGAGCGCCACAAUGAGCGCUAAGGGGUCGCUGGUUUCCUCACGUCUGCCAUUAGACGGUAGCGAUCUCUGAGGCAGUGAUGGCAUUGCGGACCAAGUCUUUUCGGUGAGCUGCAUCCUUUGGCUCCCAAACAGCUCUUCGAUUAAAUGCUUGAAAAUAGCCCAAGAACCAGGGGAAACCGUGCACACAAAACCAAAAAAGGCGUCUACCAUUGUCAGGUCGUGAUGCACGUUGAAAUAAAAUUUUACCUGGACAAAUUUCGAUCGCCUACAUUUGUUUGCCAAAUGGACUAGAUUGACGUGCUCACUUUGUUUCUGCAGUGAAUCCUCUUAAGAAAAUGAUUUUGUAAUGUAUUUGCAGAUUAUCGUUUUGAAGCAGUAGCAGUACGCAAAUCGGGGAGCCAAAUAAAAGGCCCUUUAGCCGAUGCGAUUCGGUUCCUAACGUUCACCAAAAAGAGCCAUUCGUUCGCGAACGAUCCAUCACUAUCAGACAGGAUUUGGGCCGAUCCAACAGAGCCCGUGAGUGGUAGCCAUUUUGCUCCCACCUAAAACACUAGUUUCAUUCGGAAUCGAAGAUGGAAGAAAUAGAACCGACAGCAAGUCCAAAAGCUCAACAAUUUUGAAACCCAGGAAUACAGACGGAUAUCAAGGCACACACGGACAACAUCACAACAAAAUUGCGAUUUUGGGAGCGGUGACAUCUGAACCUUCCGCCGUCCACUAUGAGUAGCGUAGAUUGGAGUCGAUCAACCUCUGCUUAGUUCAAUUUAACAGCCAAUGUAUUGUCUUUUUUGCAAUGAAAAAUAGUUAACAUACUUAAUUCUGAACAUAAAGGACGAUAGGGCGAAUGCCCUGCUGCCGAGGAGCGUUAUAGGGAAAUACAUGUCAUUCAAUUCUGUCUGCGUCUUCGUGACAUCUUGAGACAAAUUUGGAUUGGAUGGACCGAUGUUGAGACAGUUGCCGAAUUCAUGGUUUGUGUCCAAAGGCAAGAAUACAAUCGCCUCCCCUCGUAUUGCCAAAGGAGGUGCAGAAUAUAGGGAAAUAGACAACAUUUAAUCGAGAAAAUGUCAACAAAAACUCCUCUACCUACAGUCAAUGAGAAAGAGACAGAGAGCUUCAAUGACAAUCGUCUGACCGUUUUCAUUCUCGCUCAGAGUAUCCGGCAAGCAAUGAAAAGACACCCCAUCAGUGUACAUACGUCUCACAGCAAUGGGCGCCAGGAGGUCACCGCUCGCUCCGUCCGCACCCGGAACUCUGGUGCCGACGAGCAGCCUCAUGUGGGGAACUACCGACUCCUGAAGACCAUUGGGAAGGGCAACUUCGCCAAGGUCAAGCUGGCCCGUCACAUCCUCACUGGCAGAGAGGUGGCGAUAAAGAUUAUCGAUAAGACACAACUGAACCCAAACAGCCUUCAAAAGCUCUUCAGAGAAGUAAGAAUAAUGAAGAUUUUAAACCACCCAAAUAUAGUGAAGCUGUUUGAGGUGAUCGAGACAGAGAGGACGCUGUACCUGGUGAUGGAGUAUGCCAGUAGAGGAGAGGUCUUCGACUACCUUGUUGCACACGGAAGGAUGAAGGAAAAAGAGGCCAGGGCUAAAUUUAGACAGAUCGUUUCUGCUGUGCAGUACUGCCACCAGAAGCACAUUGUUCAUAGAGACCUGAAGGCAGAGAACCUGCUGCUGGAUGCAGACAUGAACAUUAAGAUAGCGGACUUUGGCUUCAGUAAUGAGUUCACCAUGGGGAACAAGUUGGACACGUUCUGUGGCUCCCCACCCUACGCCGCCCCGGAGCUGUUUCAGGGAAAGAAGUACGAUGGGCCCGAGGUGGACGUCUGGAGCCUGGGGGUCAUCCUCUACACACUGGUCAGCGGCUCUCUGCCCUUCGACGGGCAGAACCUCAAGGAGCUUAGGGAGAGGGUUCUGAGGGGGAAAUAUCGUAUCCCCUUCUACAUGUCCACAGACUGCGAGAACCUCCUCAAGCGCUUCCUGGUGCUCAACCCGGCCAAGCGGGGGACUCUCGAGGUGAGAGAGGACAGCGAAAAUCAAAUCAUGAAAGACCGCUGGAUCAAUGCGGGAUCGGAGGAGGACGAGCUCAAGCCUUUCGUAGAACCAGAACAGGACAUCGCAGAUCAGAAGAGAAUAGAUGUAAUGGUGGGGAUGGGCUUCUCUCCAGAGGAUAUCCAGGAGUCUCUGGCCAAGAUGAAGUAUGAUGAGAUCACUGCCACCUACCUGCUGCUGGGGAGGAAGUCUUCUGAGCUGGAGCCAAGUGUUUCAACCUCCAGCAGCAACCUGUCCCUGGCUAAGCCCCGGCCCACCAGCGAGCUCAAUGGCCAGUCCCCCUCACACCUCAAAGUCCAGCGGAGCGUCUCCUCCAACCAGAAACAGAGACGCUACAGUGAUCAGGUGGGUCAGAAUGUUGCCCCAGGUUCAGGACACCCUAAGAGGAGCCAGACCAGCACGGCCGAAAACAACAUCAAAGAGGAGGGAGGGCGCAGUGUCCCCGGGGGGCGCUGUGUCCCCCCACCCAGCCCCUUGCUGGGGAACGCCAACAACCCCAACAAGGCUGAUAUUCCCAAUGGCAGGAAGGGGGUUACCACUGUUCCCAACAAUAACACUGGCUCUGACGGGAUGACGAGGAGAAACACGUACGUGUGCAGCGACAGGAACGCUAUGGACUGUCUCUCUGUCAUUCCCAAUGGGAAGGAGAACAGUGUGGCCGUGUCUCCUGGCCAGCGGAACCCUGUGGCAUCCACCCACAGCAUCACCAGCGCCACCACGCCAGAAAGACUACGUUUCCCACGAGGCACGGCGAGCCGCAGCACCUUCCACAGUGGUCAGCUGAAGGAGCGCCGCACGGCCACCUACAACGGGCCCCCAGCCUCACCCACCCUGUCCCAAGACGCAGCGCCCCUUUCCCAGACCCGCAGCCGCGGCUCCAGCAACCUCUUCUCCAAACUCACCUCCAAACUCACACGCAGAGUCUCAACCGAGUUUGAAAGAAACGGGAGAUUUGAGAGCUCAAGUCGCCAUGUACCUGGGGAUCAGAAAGGGGAAAGUAAAGACGGUAAACCCCGCUCCCUCAGAUUCACUUGGAGUAUGAGGAACACCAGUUCCAUGGAGCCUUGUGACAUCAUGCGGGAGAUACGCAAGGUGCUCGAGGCCAACAAUUGUGACUACGAACAGCAAGAGUGUUUCCUGCUGCUCUGUGUCCAUGGCGAUGCUGAGAACCUUGUCCAAUGGGUGAUGGAGGUGUGCAAGCUGCCCCGCCUCUCCCUCAAUGGCGUGAGAUUCAAGAGGAUAUCAGGCUCAUCCAUCGCUUUUAAAAACAUUGCUUCCAAAGUCACCAAUGAGUUAGAGCUAUGAACAAAAAGGGUGAAAGUAUAAGCUGUACAAUCUUUUUUUUACAAAAUACUGAGUAUGUAUUGAAUGAGUUUGGCAAUAAUCACUGAAUUACUAAUAACUACAGUAUAUAAUCUGGUUGUAUAUGGUUUGUCAUACUGAGAAAAUUGACCAAUAGCAUUUGUCAUCUCAUGAAAGUUAACCUUUUCAGAGUAAAUAAUGAAUCUGACUUAAGACAGCCACACAUUGUUAUACACCAUUUCUUUAAUUUCAAAGAAUGUAUAAGAGAUGGAGUUCAUGUAAAUGCUCACAUGGUAAGAUCACCAAUGUCUCAAUAAAAUUCUGUAAACUUGGCA